UCGGACGAACAAUCCGAUAAUGAAUUUGAAGAACAAUUGGAGCUUUAUGAAGGACAAACGUUUCAAACAGCUGAGGAAGCAUAUGUUAUAGUUGAGUCCUUUGCUUAUUCAAAUAGAUUCGGAAUUCGGAAGGGACGUGUUGAAAAGGAUUCAAGUAAUGGGCGUAAAAUUUCAAAGUCAUUUAUAUGUCGUCAUGCUGGAAAACC